GGUCGCAUCUUUUCUUCUUCUUCAUCCACGCCCGUUUUUCUUCGGUGGUUCAUUUCCCUCUCUACUUAUUCCCUUGUACCAUCUGUAUUUUCGUUUUUCUUCAACCAAUCUUAUAAAAAUGUCUGCCGUCCAACCGGUUGCCGUCUAUGCCCUCCGGGUUCCUCCCGGCGUUAUGGUGCCCGCCGUGCCAAAUGCCGCCGCCUCGUUCCGUGUGAGCAUGGCUGCCAUCGACCCUGAUGAGGAGCCUGAGUUCGAUGAUGGCGACUCCAGCAAGGCUGGUCGCGCAACCUUGAAGAUUGUUCGCCCUCCUCCCGGUCUCGACAUGGGCGAUUCCGAUGAUGAGGACUACAGCGAUGAUGAGGAUUACGAUGAGGAGGACUCUGAUGAUGAGGAGGUCAACGGUGGCCCCAGCGACAAGGAGAAGGCCCGCAAGCUCAAGCAGGCUGCCGCCCAGAAGGAGCUCGAGGAGGCUAUGGAGGAGGAUGACGAGGACGAUGAGGAGGAUGAUGGUGGCUUCGACCUUAAGGCUGCCAUCUCCAAGCUGAUCAAGGGCAAGGGUCCUCUCACCGAUGAUGACGACGAGGAGGAUGACGAGUCCGAUGAGGGCCUGGACCUUGAUGAGAGCGUUAUCUGCACUCUGUUCGCUGACAAGCAAUGCCAGCAACCUCUUGACAUCGUCGUCUGUGAGGGUGAGCCCGUCUUCUUCAAGAACACUGGUAACCAAACCGUUUUCCUCACUGGUAACUACGUUAUUGGCCUUGACGAGGGCCACGACCAUGACCAUGACCACGAUGACGAGGACGAUGAGGAUGACUACGACCUCUCUCCCGAUGAGGAUGAGCUCGACAUGGAGGAGCUGCUGGCCAUGGAUGAUGACGAGAGCGACGACCUGGAUGGCAUGGAGGACCCCCGUAUCACCGAGGUCGACAGCGAGGAGGAGGCCCCCAAGUUGGUUGAGGCCAAAGCCAAGGGCAAGGGCAAGAAGCGUGCCGCCGAGGAGGAGGAGAGCCUUGACGACAUGAUGGCCAAGGGUGCCAAGGGCAAGGCUGCCAAGGAGGAGCCCGCUCUGACCAAGGCCCAGCAGAAGAAGCUGAAGAAGAACAACGGCGACGCUGCCGCCGUUGAGCCCAAGAAGGAGACCAAGGCCGACAAGAAGGUUCAGUUCGCCAAGAACCUGGAGCAGGGCCCUACCCCCAACGGUGACAAGCCCACUGGCACCCUUGGCGUUAAGGAGAUCAAAGGCGUCAAGAUCGACGACAAGAAGCUCGGCAAGGGUGUCGCUGCCAAGGCUGGCAACACUAUCGCCAUGCGCUACAUCGGCAAGCUCGAGGACGGCAAGGUCUUCGACUCCAACAAGAAGGGCAAGCCCUUCACCUUCAAGCUCGGCAAGGGCGAGGUCAUCAAGGGCUGGGACAUCGGUGUCGCUGGCAUGGCUCCCGGUGGUGAGCGCCGCAUCACUAUCCCUCCUCACCUCGCCUACGGCAAGAAGGCCCUCCCCGGUAUCCCCGCCAACUCCAAGUUGAUCUUCGAUGUCAAGCUGCUUGAGAUCAAGUAAAUGUCGGACUGAUCUUUUCACUCAUAUCUGUUAUUUCGCACGGGUGUUUGUUUUGUGGGUUUACCGGUUUUAUUGCAUGAUUCACCGUGAUAUCCGGCUUGUUUGUCUAUUUCUUGCCUGUCCUGCUAUGGCGGAGAUGAGGCAUAUUACGUGGAAUUCAUAUUCCCUUUGCAUGGAAAAAGUGCCCGAUUUUGUUCUGUAUUUUGUAUCUGCUACUGUGUAUUUGAAUCCAAUCUGCCGUCUGGCAUUUGAGA